AUGACAACAAAUAGUAAAAUUAUUAGUAUUCCAAUGGCUGUAAGAGAUAUCGAUGAAUGUAAUGAUUAUUUUUUCUCAAUUAAAGAUGAAAUGUAUAAGAAUUUUGUUUAUUUCUGGACUCAACAUCAACGUUUUACUCGAACAUGUGAUCCUCAGACAUGCUCAAGAAUAUUUAUAGUUGAUGGACAUCAGAAGGCAAACCGUUUGAUCUGUCAAUAUAAAGAUGUAUUUGAUCAUAGUAUAUCGGAAAUGGGGCCGGUUCAAACAGGAUGUCUGUUUUCUCCAUUGAGAAAAGGUCGAAAUAUUGACAACAGAUAUUGUCAUUGUCAUCAGCCUCGAAUGUCACCACACCGACGCGAAGGAGUAACAACAACAUGCCAUAUAACUCCUACAAAUGAAGAAAAUUUAGAUAGAUUGGCCUUGUCAGAAUAUAUUAACAGUGAUGGUGGAUAUGAUGAUAAACUGUGUAAUGUAUUUCGAUCUGGCACAAACAAAAAGUCAAAAAUCAGUUCGUAUGGGUUUUUGGCAACGUUUUUAAAUUGUUCUGUCAUUGUUGGAUUCACAGAGCAACCAUGCUCCGAGGGCAGUUAA